CCGUUGCGGUCGUGUCGUUCUAAGUGAUUGCGGACGGCGGCAGCUCUAAGAACAAAAAAAAAAAAAACAACAACAAAAAUCGCACCAGAAAAAGGAGCAUAACAAUACACAAAUACUUUGACCAAGAAAAAGUGGAGUCCAUACGCACACUAACUCUCGUAAAUGCAUGUGAAGCAUUGUGGGAAUAGAUGCUUGUGUGUGAGUGUGAUUAGAAGCAAUCAAAAAGCGAGUGAAACAAUCACACAUUGCAAACAAAAACAAAAGAAUACAAACACAAAAAAGCUGUGGGAGUAGACGUGAAUUAGACACAGUCGGUGCUAGGAAAGAGUGCCACUAACGGAAAUGACUGCUGUGGAAGAUGUGUAAACAAUAGUGUCAGUUAAAAAAAAAACAACAACAACAACAACCGUGGUAGCAGUCACAUAGCGUCUGUAUAUGGAAACAAAUGUUACAGAUUAAAUUAUUAAAUGAUUAAAUGUUCGUUUUGCAACUUUUUGAUUGAUAUUCUUGCACAAUAAGGGAUUGGGGAUGAAAAACCUAAAUAAAAAGGAUUUAAUAUCUAAAUAUGCAGAAACAAGAAAAAAGACGCGAACUGCGUCUGAAAAGAUUUUGGCGUACACCCAAAACAACAUCAUCCGAAGAUUCGACUGGCUAUGAAAGCCCCACGCGUACCACGAAACCCGGCAGCGAUGCACAGCGCUUCAAUCAUCUGCAUUAUACCAGCUUAGCGCAAAGUGCACCGGGCGGGCAUGAGAACGGCAGCGCCUACAACAAACCGUCAUGUUCGCUACCGCUAUUGCAAGUGUGGCCCAGUCAGGACUCACCGCGCGGCGAGGCGGACGGCCAGUCCUUCAUCUUCCCUGUCAUUGCCGAGACGAGUACUAGCAGCAGCAGCGGCGCUGGCAGCAGCAGUACGACUGGGGACAGCGCCGGCGCGGGCAGUUCCACCACCAGUAGCGGCACAUCUGGCGUUUGCAACAAUCACAACAACAGCACUAAUUUAAGUCACAACAACAACAGCAGCGGCAAUGGCAAUCAUUUAACGCUCAGCAACAGCAGCACCAGCAACAGCAACAUAGGCGAACGGCGUCGCAGCUCGCUUUACUGUGAUACUUUGCAUGCCGGCGACUCAGGCAUUGAUUCGGUGCAAGCGUCGCCCUCGCCCAAUGCACUGCCGCCGCCACCGCCAGGUGUUUCGCUGCUCAGCGGCGACGGCUGCCUAGGUUUAGGCAGCAACUCCUGCAAUGUUUCUCCCGCCACUACCCCUACGCAAGGUUCACCCAAUCUCUCGCUGGGUGGGGCACGCGCUGGUGCACGCGCCAGUAUCAGCGUUGGCGCGGCGAACUAUCGACGCAAGUCAAGCGCACUACUACAUCCCGAUCAUGCGCGUUUAUUUGCGCUGCGCAUGAAACAUGCCGCCGCUCUGGAACGCGCACAAACCUCACCCGAUCAAACAUCCAUCGAAGAUGCUACAGAGUUCCACGAUAAUGGGCUGGCGACGAAUUUGCGUCUUUGCUCUGCGUCCUCGUCGACGACGUCGUCGCUGACCUCCGUCGCAGCGGUCAGCUUAGGCGGCGGAGCGGUGGGAGCAAUCGGUGGCGGAGCCGCUGGCUCCUCCUCAUCCUCCGCCGCUGCUGUGGCAGCAUGUCUGGCUGCCGGCGCUGGUGCGGGUUCACAGCAGCGCGUCUCCGACCCAUGGCUGCAGCCGCAAUCGGAUCGUGAGCGUGAUUCGCGCUACGAACGGCGCCGUUCCUCCACAAUGACGGCGCGUUACUCACUCUUCGAUGCGCUGGAUCUCGAAUAUGUGUUGUUGCGUGCAGCGGCGCGCGGUUCGGUGGGGCCCUAUUCGCUGAGUGAAUCUAUACAUAAACUGACAUUUACUCAAUCGCUUGCGUUUCCGGCACUCGCGCGCGGUCUUGCCACAAAACGAAGGCGCUCGCAUACGCGUACCAGUUCGCGGCCAUUAAAUCCAAACGAGUCGGGCCUGAAUACGUGUGCGAAAGUUGUGACAGCAGUCAUAUUGGUGGGCAUUUCGUUUAUGGUGUUUCUGAUUGUGUACAAAUUUGUGCGGACGUGAGGUUUACUCCUGGCCCCGACAGACUUUCCCGUCACAUAUCAACAAACGAACGGGAAUGUGAAUAUGUACGCAUUCUCUACGGGAAAUACUAGUGCCAGUAAAACGCUGUCGGGGUUCAGGAGAGUAUUGGGUCUGAAAGACCGGGAUUGAAUGCACAUGAGUGAAGAAUCAACGCGGGUGUAGGAAAGCAAAUGAUAAGUUCGCAAUAAUUUUAGAAAACUAAAGUAAUAAAAAUUGUGAUAUAGUAAAAGUGUGCAAUGCUGUAAAAAACAAACCGACACAAUACUGCUUCAAUGCAUGGUAAUGCUGGAAUCACGCCAUUUAUGUUAAGAAAUGGAGCUGAUAGCAAAAAGAGUUUCAAUUAAAACAUUUUGUAAUUAAGAAAAAAACUAACACAAAAUGCCUUUUUAAAAUAGUAUCUGCUACUUUUUAAUACUAAUAGCAUUUUCCAUACCUUUUUACCUACCUUUUUACAUAUAUAUGUAUAUAGACUACUCUAUGCUCAGAGCUUCUAUUAGAUAGAUCAAUAAUAUGUAACUCUAUUUUACUGGCUAAUUGGAUAUUUUUAUGAUGGCAUUUAGUUAAUUACCUUUAGAGAAUGGAGCGCUCACGCACAAGAAUGUCAUUUAAGCGGCCAUGUUUUAGUUCUAAAAGAGGUGUGAUAUGAAGAAUGAGGGAAGAUUGAUUGACUGAAAUAAAGGAUGUGCUGAGAUAUUCAGUCUAAGGCCAGUGUCUGCCUUAACGCGCACUAUCGACUAUCGUUCUAUUC